AUGGUUCGCUCGCUCUUUGCUCUCGCCCUCCUGGGCGCCCAGGCCGUCGUCAACGCCGCGACCGAGGUUGAGACUCGUACCCUCGAUGAUAUCUACAAGGCCGCUCUCGCCGAGGGUGGCGUCGUCACUCUCUGGCACGGUGGUGACGAGACCACCCAGCAGAACAGCUUGAAGGCUGCCUUCGAGAAGAAGUUCCCCGGCAUGACCCUCAACGUCACCGUCGACCUCUCCAAGUACCACGACGGCAAGCUCGACGAUCAGCUCGCCGCCAACAACGUCUACAUCGACAGCAUCAUCCUCCAGACCCUCCACGACUACCCUCGCUGGAGCGAACAGGGCGCCCUUCUGGACUACGCCCCCCUCGGCCACGAUGCCAUCCUCCCUGAGUUCAAGCCCAACGGCACCGCCUCGUACUACGGCAUGUUCAUCAUCGCCUGGCUCAACACCUGGAACUACCAGAAGCUCUCUGGCAUUGAGGCUCCUGUUGAGCCUGAGGACUGGCUGCGCCCUGAGUUCAAGGACAAGCUUGUCCUGACUUACCCCAACGACGACGAUGCCGUCCUCUUCGCUUUCGAUCUCAUCAUCAAGCAGUACGGCACCGCCUGGUUCGACAAGCUCAUUGCCCAGAACCCCCGCUGGGUCCGCGGCACCCAGACUCCCGGCACCAUCCUCCGCCAGAACAGCACCCAGUGGGCCGCGACCUUCACCGGUUCCGGCAGCCUGAACCCUACCGCCCCGGUCAACACCUCCCACCCCAUCACGGGCAAGUUCGUCUCGUGGCCCCAGACCGGCGGCAUCCUCAAGAACGCCCCUCACCCCGAGGGCGCCAAGCUCCUUCACAGCUACAUGCUCAGCACCGAGUUCCAGGAGUCUCGCGGAGGAUGGUCCGUCCGCGGCGACGUCAAGCUCCCCAACAACUACACUCCCAUCCUCGAGACCCCCGGCACCGACCCUACCGCCUUCGGCCCCUGGAUGUCUGACCGCGCUGCCGUUGAGAGAUUCCGCUUCUGGAUUGAGGACCGCAUCGGCAGUGCUCAAGGCCUCAGCCCCCUCAUUGACGACCUCUGA